AUGAGGACACCACCGCUGCCCUCCCCGGUCAAUGUCCCGCCGUCGCCGUCCUUGGCAUCCGCCAAUCUCAAUCAUCAUCGACUCCCCGCGAAAUCUCACCCCGCCGCCAGCAAUCCGGGACCCAUCUCCGUGACUGACCAGGACAAAUUGAUGUCCUCCAUGCAUCAAUAUGUCUUUUCUGGUGGUGACUCGUCCGUGAAAUCUUCUGUCGCUGGAUCUUCCCUCCCAAAACAUGGCCCUGUAUCGCCUCUGUCUUCUCAAGCCUCUCGACAUGGACGGCCCGGACUGCCACCCCGUGGUCAACGUCAAAGUAUGCACACCCUGGAAGAAUUGCGGAAAAGUAUGGAAGCGACCUUUAUCUAUCACUCCCGCUCGGGCUCUCACUUCUAUCCUCCAAGUUCGCGCCCGGAUAUGAAGUUGUCUCGAAAAGCCAUGAAAGGAUUCUCCUCUACGCCCUCAUCACCCUCUGGCGCCCCAAUCCCUCUAGGUUCACUAACAGAUUCAUUGAAGUCUAGUGUCUACAUUGAUUCUUCAUCGUCGUCUCGCACAAUUAGACCGUCUAAGAAUGUAGAUCCCUCUGAAUUAUCCGCAUAUCCUUUCCCUACACCUUCAUCAUAUAUUUCAUCCUCUAUAGACGGAUCUAUUGAUGAUGGCCGUCCAAUCGCCAAACACUUUUCAAAAAGUUCAGCAAAGUCUCGAAAGAGCAAAGCCUCAUCAACGACAAACACCCCUACGGGAUUAAGUGGCUCGUCAGGGAAAGAUCACUUCCUACCCCCCGAUGCUGACCCUAUCUUGGGUGAUCCCAAAUAUCCUAACCCAAAUCUCUAUGACCUCUCAUUGAUGUUGAAUUCCGAGCCUGGACUGGAUGCUUGGUGGUCGAAUGUUGUAAAGGCCCUUCAUACGCAUUUCGGUGCCGAAAGAGCUUCCCUAGCGGUUCCGGGAGAUAGUACCGAUUUGGAGAAUGUGCCAUGGAAACAAAAAGCUACGUUCAAUCUGUUUCGCUAUAGGAACUCUCCGCCGAAGGGGCCAAUUCCAUCUAGAGAUCCAGACACUCCGUUAAAGGAGGAUGCUUCUUCCCGGGGAGCCAACGAGCCGGAUAAGAGGCAAAAGGAAGGUGACUCUUCAAAACCGAGCAGCCAGGCUCCGGCCACGUCGGCAAAACGUCCCUCUCUGACUGCGCGUCAUUCAUUUGCUGGAUUUUGGGAACAUCGGAAUGUUGAUAUCCGUGACAAACCUGUGCCACUAGAUAGACCCGUACGCAUGGAGAGCUCUGUUGACUGGGCUUCCAUACAUCCUGGAAUAAAAGUCUACAGGGAUUCAGCGCCGUCGAGAGAUCGUGUUCCAGGUCCACCAUCUGAUGAUCAACCAACCCAACGCGGGCCAUUACAGCCAGUCGCAAAUCAGAUAGAAAGCACCCCUUGUCCAUCAGCUGUUGUUUUCUCAGUUCCACGUCCUUUGGAGGUCGAAUCGGAUCCUCUAAUAAAUCGAACAGACGUGGUGAAACUCUUUGGACACACAAAACCUGCUGUUUUAACUCGACAAUAUUCUCAUGAUCCGAUGACAUCACCACUACAUGAUUCUGUGACUGCACAGGCGGCGAGAGAUGACUUCAUACAGCCAACCCCUGGAGCUACCGUUUUAAAUGAGCCAACGGGUUACAAUAUUUCCGUUAAUCUAGCGAGCUUGUGCUCUGCGUCAUGCAGAAGCACAACCACGCAGACAAUGACGGAACUGCGUCGGCCUUUCCAAUCUAUCUCUUCAUGUUCAGAGUCGUAUGAAGAACGCGAACAAAUACCCCAGUCACCGUGGUCGCAAUCCCCUGUCCCUUCACCUGCUCCCCUGGAACAUCCAGAGCAAAAUCCAUUUUUUGCUGGAGGUAAAGUUGAUCAGGAGGCCCUUACCACGAACCCGCCAUCGCACGAUUAUUUCAAGAAUAAACCUGUCGAGGCCAUUGGCGUUGACCGUUCCAAAACAGUAAUACACAUUCCUUUAAUACAUUUGUCGAAACAGGCAACCUCUUCAAACACACUUAAAUUCCCGGUUGCCAUAAUUUCCAUUCUCACUCCUACCAUUCCCUACCCAGCGAACCUAAGGAACUCACUGGUAUACCUCCUCCCCCACCUCACUACGUCAUUCUCCCUGGCGCAGCAGUAUAGUCAACUCGAGAGGCAACUUUCAAGCUCACGGACCCAGCGAUUUGGCCACAUCCUGGGACUUGGCGGAACCUUUUCUGAUACCAGCAGUGAGAUAGAAUUGGUGGCAGAGCUUAGCAGCCAUGUUAACUAUACCAUGGGGGAAUAUGUCCCAUUACAUAGCCAUUCGACAAUCUCAAGCCCGAUUCAGCAAUCUAACAUGAGCAGACCCGAAUCUUCGCUGUCAAUGACCGGAAACCCAAGCUUGGAAUUUGGUAGCAACUUCCAAACCCCUAGCUUCAUGCCCAAAAAUUCCACGGAGACAUCUGAUAGCUAUUUCAAUGUGAACCAGAUGAGUGGCUUGACUAACCAACAAAGAUUACGGCAACCAAAUCCUAUACGCAAACCGUCCGCUUCAAUGACAUGGUCUCCUCUACCAUCCAAGGGUAAAUCUACAGAGUUUGAUGAGUUAGCUUCUAGUGAUCUUGGUCUUGCCCUCAGCACGUCAUCAAGAGCUCCUAGCACAAUUACGACACCACAGGGAUUUUCGAGAUAUCCAUCAUCUGCUUCGAUUGCAACACAGCUGCAUCGAGAACUUUUAUCACGGCCAAUCCCAGACACCAUAUCCCAGCUAAUUCUCAAUUCAAUACCCUUGCAUUUAUUCUUAGCGAGGCCUCGUACCGGAGAGGUGAUUUGGACUAAUGAUAAAUUCGAUCUGUACCGAAGAAGUCAGCCCCAGGAGCAACGUGCCAAAGAUCCAUGGCUUGACGUGCAUGAGAGCGAGCGCGAGAACCUGCUGAAUAAGUGGGCUCAGGCACUUCGAUCCGGGUCACAGUUUACAGAGAGAGUCCGAGUCAAGCGGUACAACGACGAGUCAGCGUAUCGGUGGUUCAUUUUCCGUGCGAACCCACUGCUUUCCCAGACAGGAGAGUUGCUCUAUUGGAUUGGGUCAUUUCUUGAUAUCCAUGAGCAACACAUGGCGGAAAUGAAAGCAGCGCAGGAGAGAGAGAUGUUUGCAACAGAUGCAAAGUACAAAGCAUUAGCCAACUCAAUACCUCAGGUAGUAUUUGAGGCCUCGGAAUAUCGUGGGCUUAUCUCAACCAAUGAGCAGUGGCAGCUUUACACUGGACAGUCUCUGGAUGAUGCUCUCAACCUAGGAUUUGCAAAACACAUUCAUCCAAAUGAUCUUGAGAGAUAUGGCAUCUUACUCUCUCCAGGAACCAUUCCAGAGCGUGACAAUCCAACCGAGUCUAGUUGUAACAUCAAUCCAUCGCAAUCUCCAAAAGCGUCCAACGAAAAUCCUGAGUCGGGUUCAAGCGGGUCAGCGACCGAAUCUACUCCAUCUUCGCGAUCCAAUUCACUUCGUGAUGAAAAUGGUGGACGUACGAAAUAUCCUGGGUUGACCCUUGCACUUGAAGAGCUGGUUGAGAAGGGCGUAGUUACGAUGCAGAAAGACGAAAAUGGCAGGGUUUCGUACACAACUGAAAUCAGGUUUCAGUCUAAAGGUGGGGAUUUCCGAUGGCAUCUUGUACGUCUCGUGAAAGUCGAGACUACAAAUUUCGGCGAUGGCGGAGCUUCUUGGUAUGGCACUUGUACGGACAUAAAUGAUCAAAAAUUGCUGGAACGCAAGUUAAAUAAGGAGAUGGAGUCGAGGACCAAUUUCUUCAGCAACAUGUCCCAUGAGAUCAGAACACCGCUGAACGGCAUUCUGGGGGCGAUUCCACAUAUUUUGGAUACACAGCUUGAUUCUGAUCAGAGGCGUAUGCUUGAUAUCAUCCAUAACAGCUCUAACAACCUGAGUGAACUGGUUGACAACAUUUUGGAUGUGUCCAGAGUCGAAGCUGGGAAGAUGAAUAUUGUGCGUCAGGUGUUCAACGUUCGCUCGGUCUUGGAGGAAGUGAUAGACACGAUUGGAUCGAGGGCAAUGGACAAGGGACUUGAGUUGAAUUAUCUGGUUGAAUCAAAUGUUCCAAAAAUGGUGUUUGGGGAUAGAUUCCGAAUUCGCCAGAUCCUCCUGAAUUUGAUGGGUAACUCUGUCAAAUUUACGUCUCAUGGAGAAAUUUUAACGCGCUGUUCAAUCCACCACGACUCCAACGCUUCUUUGAAUGGAUCGGAGAUUCUUUUGAACUUCGAAGUUGUUGAUACUGGCAGAGGAUUUAGCAAGGCCGAUGCCAAGCGGCUAAUGCAGAGGUUCAGCCAGAUUGAAGGGAACGGGUCUCAGCAGCACACUGGAAGUGGGCUGGGCUUGUUCUUGUCCAGGCAGCUUGUUGAAAUGCAUGGCGGACAGCUAACGCCGACAAGCAAGGAGGGUCAAGGUUCCAAGUUCUCAUUCUUUGUCAAAGUGGAUGAAGUUUCGUCCCGGCCCCCGACUCCACAGGAACUGUUCAAAGGUAGCAAUGCCGCUCUAUGCAUGCAGGUUACGGAGGAGAGAAGUGCUCCGAAGAGCCCGUUCUCGCAUGAGUUUUUGUUCAGUCCAGAUACAAUGGACUUGCGCCCUUCGUCAAAUCUGGAUGUCUUGAACAAGCAAAUUUCUUGCUCGCCAAUGUCGAAUCCGGAUACACCUAACUCGACGUUUCGCGGCACAACUCCAUUAGAGACUAGUCAACCUGUGGAGACUGGACUUUUGGGUAUAUCCCCCCUACCAGCAACUGAGACUGAAAUUAACGUUGCCAAUGCCUACCCUCAGGAGUCUACACCUGUCCAUUCCUCGUCAUAUAAUGUACUGUUAAUCUGUCCCUUCGACUUUGCCCGUGAGGCCAUCAGAAAACAUAUCGAGCAAGUGAUUCCUUUCGAUGUCACAUGUAAUAUUACUUCGAUCCUUCAUAUGGAAGAUUUGAAAAACAUGGUUGGCAGAGGCGACUGUCCAAAUUUCACGCACUGGGCCAUCGACCUCUCGGACAUCAACGACGUCAAAGAAACUAUGAAACUGGUUCUGCAGUUCAACAGUAAUGCUCUCACAACACCGGCAGCGUCACCGACACUAAUAAUUGUCUCUGACAUCAGCCAGAAACGUGAGAUAAGAGAGGAAUACGAGAAAUUCCUCGCUCUUGGAGGUAACAUGUUCAUAGUUCCCAAACCCAUUAAGCUCUCGUCGCUCUCAAGGAUCUUUGACCCGUCUGAUCAACGAGAAUUGAACAAAGAUCGGAAUCAGGAUACAGUGCGAGAGAUGAAUAAUAGUUUCAAGAUGAUGUCGAAAAUUGUUAAGGAGGUUGUUGGGGAUAAGGGAUAUCGGGUCUUACUUGUGGAGGAUGAUGAGACUAACCGGACGGUCAUGUUGAAGUAUUUGGAAAAGGUCAAAUUGGUCUCUGAAACUGCCAGCAACGGACAGGAAUGCGUUGACAUGGUCUUCUCCAAAGAGCCUGGCUAUUACUCACUGAUUAUCUGCGACAUCCAAAUGCCCAUCAAAAACGGCUACGAAACCUGCCAAGAAAUCCGCUCCUGGGAGCAAAGAAACCACUUCCCGCAAAUCCCCAUAAUGGCCCUCUCCGCAAACGCAAUGACUGAUCAGAUCGACAGUGCCUCCCGCGCCGGCUUCAAUGACUAUGUCACAAAGCCUAUUAAGCAUAAUGAGCUUGGUAAGAUGUUGAUGGAGCUGUUGGACCCGAGCGUGCCGCACGUGUUGCUCAGGGAUCAAAAUAAAUUGAGGCGGGGUUCGACAUCAGCUGUGGAAGCAGCAGUGUCGAAGCCAUGA